AUGUAAAUGUGUAAGAGAGAGAGAGAAGAACUCUACAGGCCUUAGUUAACCCUAUAUGAAAAGCGAGAACUCUGGCACACAAUCCUAGAAAAUAGAGGCAACGUGGGUUUGGUGGCAUAGAGAAUGGGAAAACCUCAGGAGACAAUCGAGUAAGAUAUACUGGAGAUCUUCGUGGAAUGUCUACUAAUAGUUAAUGACCAUUUGGGAUAAAGCAAGAAUGAAGCAAUUAUUUAAAAGCUGAAAGCAGAAAAUGUAGUGUCUGUAAUUUAAUUGGCAUCCAGAAAUAAUUCCUAUUACACUAGUGUCAAGAAUCUCAACUUAUUAUUGAAUAUGAUUCAAUGUGCAUUGUAGCAGGAUGAUUUGGAUAAAAAUUUGAGAGAUUUAUAAAAAUAAUCUAAAUUUGAAUGUCUGUUUUUUGAGAUCAAAUGUUUAUUUUGGGAUCAAAUAAAUGAUUUAUCAGAUGACGAAUAACCACAAAUGGUCAUUGUGAAUAAUGAUCCAUAAACCAAUGGCACAUUCAGAGAUAUGUAUAUAGAAUUGGAGUUGCCAGAAGAUGAAUCAAGCAAAUAGGAAAAGAAGAACAUGAUAUCAGAUAAGCAAUUUCUAACACAUUUGAAUAAAAUAAUGGCAGAAAAGUAGAUUCCAUACUGGGAAUAAGUAGUAGUAAGGUGGAAUCUUAUGUAAAAUAUAUUUAAUAAUUGA